AUGCGGGCUUGUAGACUUUUGGCUGCAAAGUCAACUCUUGCUGCACGUGUUGACUCCAUCAGGGGGGACCCGUCUGGGAAACAAGGGAGAAUGUAUCGGGAAGAGAUUAGGAAGAAGAUUGAAAAGUGGCAGGAACCACCGCCAGCUAAGCAACCUAAGCCACUUCCUGUACCCGAUUCUGAACCCAAAAAGAAAAGAGGUGGGAGGCGAUUGAGGAAAAUGAAGGAGAGAUAUGCUAUUACAGACAUGCGGAAACUGGCAAACAGAAUGCAAUUUGGAGUGCCUGAAGAGAGCUCAUUAGGUGAUGGACUUGGAGAAGGAUACGGUAUGCUUGGUCAAGCUGGAAAUGGGAAGCUGCAUGUAUCAGUUGGUCAAAGCAAACUCGCUGCUAAAGUUGCCAAAAAGGGCAAAGAUAAACAAUAUAGUAGUGGUGGGGCUACCUCUGGAUUGACUUCAAGUUUGGCUUUCACACCUGUUCAGGGGAUUGAUCUUAUAGAUCCACAGGCAGAUGCUAAUAGACUCGGGAGUGGAUCUCAGAGCACAUACUUUUCAGAAACAGGAACUUUUUCAAAGAUCAAGAGGACAUGAGCUUCCAGGCAUCAUGUAACGUGUUUUUCAUGUCAUUUGAAUCGUUGCAGGAGCGGAUUGGGGUUGGAUCUUUCAGUAAUAGUAUAUUGAUUGAUAUUCCAAGAUGAAAAGGAAUCAAUGAGAGGAAUUUCUUCAUUUUAUUACAGGACGACCUAAUAUGAAUAUGAUGCACACGUGGCAUGGUUGAGAUCUUGUUAUUAUUUGCAUCCAAGAUUUGUAAAUUUGAGGGUUUUCAUAACUGGCAUACAAAACAGUUACACCUAAAAGUCACUUGAAAACCUCCAACUCAAUGGAGUUUAUUUUCUGGUAGCAGUGGUUGAGGACUCAUUGUACACUAAUGUUCCAUUAAUAUGGAUAGAGAUUGGUCAACAUAACCCCAUGACAGGUUCAGAGAAGAACAUGUACAAGACUCUUGAAUUUUAGUAAAGCAUUAGGGUUCUUGUUCAUUGUGGGUGUUAUUUUGAGUAUUAAUCACUUAGAAGCUAAUCAAAAGUUAUAAUUAUAUUGUCUUUUCAAAUCUGUGUACUCUAAAAUGUGUCAUUCCAGGCAUAGCUAUAAAUAUAAUAUAGAUCUAGCUACAAGUCCUAUGCACCAUGUAUGUUUGUUCUCCUUUUAGUUUUACUCAUCUGAUGUCCAAUGUAUCAAACGCAUCUAAUGGUGUUGGAACAUCUUCCCUGUUGUAUGUGGGGUAU